AUGAUCUGUUUAGGCGGCCUCGGGUUUGUUUCAGGAAUUUCGGCCGAGUUACAGGAUUUCCCUUCUCGAAGGGAACUCGAGUUGAGUUCCAAAAACCUAAAGACUCCCAAGUUGAGUCCCGCGAAGAAAAAUAAAGAUGUUUCGAAUACACCUCAGGGAGGCAAGGUCGAUCCUACUCCCCUCAAGCGAAAAGCUGUUGAUCUCCCUUCGCCCCCAUCCCGUCGUCCCAUGAUCUUUAAUCGUGCGGCUCACAAUCGUACCUCAAGCUUCAAUACUGAUGAUGGCGACGUGUCCUCUGUUGAGAUCAUCAAUCAGGAAUCAGGUCCGGAAAGUUCCCCCGGUGUGGCCGCUGUCGUCCCGCCCUCUUCGGGGGUCCUGACCCGAUCUAAGUCUAAUAGGGUAGCGCCCGCCAGCUCGCCUCUGAUGUCCAGGGCACUUAAGACCCCGAGCGCGGCGCGCAUUUCAUACCUGACACCGUCGAAAAUGCCUACCAGUCUCCGGUCAUCCAUGACUCCCUCCUCACAGCACCGUUGUCAUCAGUUCGAUGGUGUGCUCAUCCCAUGGCCCGUGAAUCGGGCGCGGUGGUCUGAUAUUGGGAUUCUUGAACGGUUUCGGUCUGAUCUUGCCUUGUUUGUUGAUCGCAUCGAGGCUCGCCUCGAUGUUCUCCGCCCUCCUGUCGAGCUCACCGUGUAUGAUGAAGAGACUGAUUUUUGGGACAAGGAGGCCACGUAG